AAAUGAUCCCCAGAUUGAUGUAGAAUCUGAAGCUAUGAAUUUAGGUCAACAGAGAGUGCAAGAGAUAAAACCUUUCAGAAAAUCAAAUCAAACAAUACAAUCGAAAAAAUCUGAGAACAACCCAUCAAAAUUAAGAGAAAUGGCAACCAACUUUAGUGAGAAAAUAGCAAACUUUGGCAAGAGAAGCUGCUGCUGUAUCCAUCCUUGCAGGGGAGGAAGGCUUCCUUGCAUCCGGCUCCCUUAAAAAUGGGAGGGCUUUUUCCCCUCUGGGGAAAAAUAAUUGAAACUUAUAACCAGUGAACCUCCCUCCACUCCAUACCCCAUUCUAUAAAACCUGCAUAUCCCCUCCCUCAAUCAACCCCCAAUUUCUUGUUACAAAUAGAAAUCCUUCUCAACAAUCAGAACCCUACUUCUCUUUUCUUCUUCUUUCCCCAGAAAUCUUAGUCGAAUACAUACAUUCAUAGAUAAUUUUGAGGUCGAAUUAGACUUGGGUUCUUAGUUUCUUGCAUACUUCUGAGUUCUUAUCAGAGAAAACGACAUUGUAAUUCAUUUCUUGCACACUUUCUGAGAGAAUUAGAGAUAAAGAUUAUAGAGAAUGACAACCAUUCGAGAGCUUCGCUGUAGUGAUCUUCUUGAAAUAACCCAUAUGACGAUGGGUCAGGGUAAUACGGGACCUUUGAGAGAUUUUAUGUCCAUCAUGAUGAAAUUCCCUGAGUACUCUCUUGUUUGUGUAUCUCCUGGCAAUCGAAUUACUGGUUUCAUUGCUGGAUGUAAUACAGGAAAAGGUGUUGAUAGGCAUUGUGAGAUAAAUGAGUUCGUUUCCGUGACACAGACAUCAUUCGAAUGUUACUCAAGGCAGUUGAGGAGAGAGCUGAGAAGAAUCGUCGCAAGGUAUUUUAUGUGGAAGUAGAUGUGCUCUCCGAAAACCAAAAAUACGUCGAAUUGCACAAACAAAUGGGUUAUACUUGCCAUAAGGAGUAUUUUGAUAUUAUUGAGGGAGAGAUGGUAAAUAAGACAAGUCAGUCUCCUUUCAUAACCUGAAAAUCAAAUUAGACAGUAUUUGUCCGUUAUGUUUUCAUAAAUCCGAAACUGUUCAUCUUUCUUUUCCCAUACAGUACUCAGGAAAUAUUUGUCAGGUGGAGACUUGCAUCUCGAAACAGAAUUGCAGCAGCAACAUGACAAGUCUGGUGCAGCAGAAGCUACAACAAUCGGUGGCAUCUAAAACUGGACUCUUGGAGCCUUCUUGUGCUAGUCAUUCCAAUGAGAUUUGUGUCAAUAAUACGCAUACACGUUUAAUUAGUGACAGUGGUACACAAUAAACACGAUAAAUAAUAUGUCUUGGUGAUAUCUAGGUCUUACAUUGUAUAGAUUCAUCCCGUACUUCCGUUAUAGAGUUAUUGCAGAAGAUGCAGUGAUAAGUAGUCUGGUGCCAUAUCUAGAGUAACUGCUGGUUUUAAGUGAAUCUAUCUUCUUCAUCUUGUGCUGAUGGUUAUAGAUUUGCUGAGGUUAAUUUAGAAGUACAUUGCUUGAUAACUCAGCAGUGGCAUACGGGCCUAAUAAAUCUUGGCUGUUAAUGUGUUCAUUUUUCUGUAAAUACUUGCCAGUACCAGUAAUGUUUAUAUUUUUCUGCAA